GUGUACAUCAACUGCGCGCCGCUCGAGAGUACAACCUCGACAGGUGCGACGUCCAAGUACGCUGUCGCGGGCUCAAGCUCGGAAACCACCACUGCCACCAACUCGACGUCGACCACAUCUACCGCUUCGUCGGCGGCAGAGUCUUCGACUGCCUCGAGCUCCUACAACUUUAACACGAACUUGGCAACGUCCACUUCGGCUUCUACUAGCGACGAAACCUCAUCGGCUACGACUACUGCACCUACGACUACGGAUACACCGGUUACCACGACUACGGAUACACCGGUUACCACGACUACUGCGCCUACAGCGACUACGGAUGCACCGGCUUCUACUGCUACUCCGACAGCCACCACCGCCACCAGCAAGUGCUCGGUGCGUCGCCGCCGUGAUUAA